AUGCGAAUUAGGCCAUCAGUAGAGGUUGUUUUAGUAGCGUCACUGGCCGUGGUGGCCCUUGCCAGUGAGGAGAAGGGCACCAAAGCAGCAACAGAUGAGAAGAAGCAGGACAAACGCGGUAUCUAUGAUACCGGCUCCUACGGAGGCUAUCAGAUCGGUGAUGGCGGUCAUGGUGGUUACGGAGGCGACAGCCACGGCUACGGAGGAGAUUUUGAAGGCCACUUAAGUCUUAACGAUGGCCACUCCGAAUUCGGAGGCAGCUCUGACUCCUGGAAGCCGAUACAUAGCGACCACCAUCACCACCACGUCAAAACCGUCGAAGUCGUCAAGAAAGUGCCCGUUCCUUACACAGUCGAGAAACACGUCCCAUACACGGUUGAGAAGAAAGUCCCCUACGAAGUCAAAGUACCCUACCCACAGCCCUACACUGUCGAAAAGAAAGUUCCAGUAACUGUCAAGGAGUACGUCAAAUAUCCAGUAUACGUACCCGAGCCGUACACAGUUGAAAAGAAGGUACCGUACGAAGUGAAAGUGCCAGUAGACAAGCCUUACGAAGUCAAAGUUCAAGUGCCCCAGCCCUACGAGGUCAUUAAGAAGGUACCCUACGAAGUGAAGGUCCCCGUACCUCAGCCCUACACCGUCGAAAAGAAAUUCCCAGUCCCAGUUAAAUACGAAGUCAAAGUUCCCCAACCUUACGAAGUCGUGAAGAAGGUGCCCUACGAAGUCAAAGUGCCAGUCGACAAACCCUACCACGUGUACGUGCCCAAGCCCUACCCGGUCCCAGUUGAAAAGCCCUACCCAGUAACCGUUCACAAGCCGGUCCCCUACGAAGUCAAGGUCCCAGUGGACAGACCCUACAAGGUCGAGGUGGAGAAACCGUACCCAGUGCCGGUCAAGAUCCCAGUGCCUAAACCUUACGAUGUAUAUAAGAAGUUCCCUUACACGGUUGAGAAGAAGGUACCUUAUGAAGUCAAGGUACCCAUUGACAAGCCCUACCCAGUGUACAAAGAGGUGCCAGUACCGCUACUGAAGGAGGUGCCUUACCCAGUGAAGGUGCAUGUUCCAGUGCAUUUGAAAGCUGAGGAAGAACACCAUCACGGCUGGCAUUGA